GGGAGGGAACCGCCCUCGUUGCUUUUUAACGGACGAGUGAGGCCAAAGUGGCCGGAGUCCAGCGGGAGGGUGAGAGACGCCCUUCGUUCCCUGCUGCUCCGUUGGCAUGAGCCCCCGCUGCCUGCGAACAGCUUCCGAACACCCCAGUGCUCCUCCUGGUGACCCUCAGCCCCCCGAGGGAUGCGGUGCCCGGGCAUCGGCUCCCUCCGCCGCCCUUCCCACCAGCGCAGGAGACCGAGUCCGUGGCACGGACGGGCUGCGUUCGGUGGGACCUCAUUUCGCCCAGCGCCUCACGUCAAGCGGGACUCUGCAGCUACGGUUUUGCAGCUCGCCGCUGGCAGCGGGAAUCUGCAAAGCCUGAGCUCAGCCGGCAUCGACUCCGGCUCCUCACGCAGCCCCGAAACGCGCCUGGUCCCGGUGCUCCCGAAAAAUGUGUUGAUGAACGCGCUGCUUAGGGAAACACGGGGAACCGGGGACUGGCUCCUUCGCAACGGCCCAGGGCCCCUCGGCAUCCCCUUCCCCUGGGGACGGCACCAAAAAGUCCACGACCGAGUUACCAAAUUAACAAGAAAAUGGCCCAUCUGUGUCUCACCCCGCGGUCAGGGGUGGGCUUCACCUCCCCGGCAUCGGGGGCUGCUCCGGGUGAAGCGGGUACAUCGCAUCUCCAGAGAGUGGGACAAAAGCGGGAUUAAAGUCUCCUUGGCGAUGCCGAAAGGGAGAACACCUUCCUUCUUUCUCCUUCGGGAGCACCCCCCGACCAGCAAAAGCAGGAGGGAAAAAGGCAAUACCGUCUAUCCGCGGCCAACGCGGCCGAGGAGCAGCCGUCGGAGCGGGCGAGGAGCAGCCGUCGGAGCGGGCGCGGAGCCGGCCGGGAUGGCCGUUGCUUGGGCUGAGUUUGUCGCCUGGAUCCCGGCGGAGAAAACGCACCGUCUUUUGUGUCCAGUGACAACUUGAACCCGGGAAAA